AUGUUACGUGGCAGUUUCCUGUAAACAUCACAGUCUGGCAUGGAAGCUCACUGUAACCAUACAGGCUAACGUUGUUAUAAUUUGAGAUGCUGUCAGGUUAAUGUUUUGAAGUUCAAAUAGUUGUAUGCCAUUGGAGACACGAUGGAGAAAAAUAUACAGGCUCUGCCUAUCGACAUCCAAACCAGUAAACUUCUUGACUGGGUGGUUGACCGGAGACACUGCACACUGAAGUGGCAAAGUGCCAUGUUAGAGAUCCGCGAGAAGAUAAAUGCAUCCAUUCAAGAUAUGCCCGAGAACGAGGAGAUUAAACAGCUCCUGUCAGGAUCCCACAUCCACUACUUUAACUGCCUAAGGAUAGUGGACAUUUUGAGAGGAACUGAGGCAUCCUCCAAGAACAUUUUCGGCAGAUAUUCAUCUCAGAGGAUGAAGGACUGGCAAGAAAUCGUGUCUUUGUAUGAGAGAGACAAUGUUUACCUCGCGGAGGCGUCUAGCGUGCUGGUCCGCAGUGUGAGCUAUGAGGGCCCAGCUUUGAGGAAGCAGGUGGCCAAAGCCCAACAGCUACAGCAAGAGCUCAGCCGCCGCGAGGUGGAGUGCCAGAACUCCGCCACCGCCAUGAGGGAGCAGUACUAUACUUCCUGUAAGCAGUACGGCAUCAUGGGCGAUAACGUGGGAAGGGAGCUCCAGGCUCUGGUGUCGGAUUUGCCCACAACGCUGGAGGAGAUCGGUAAAGACGCCGCUGGUCUGGGCGAGCUCAUCCAGCUGUACUCGGCAUUCGCAGAGUUUGUCUCAGACUGGAAUGAGCCAAUUCUGCCCAUGCUACAGUGUAUUCAGCAGAAGGGCAACGCGACGAUUUACGAGUGGAGGACCGGAAAGGAGCCGACCGUCAUCGAGAGGCCCGUGAUGGAGGAGGCUCCACCUGACACCGUCACAGAGGAAGUGAUUGACUGGGGUGACCUAGGCGCAGGGACAGACUCUGCAGAGGUGAACUUUGGGAUCGCUGUGGAGGACGGUGUGGACUGGGGCAUCAGUCUGGAGCCUGGUGCAGAGGAAUCUGCUGCGGAUGGGAUUGACUGGGGAGAAGGCGCCACUGUUCCACUAGAAAUUGAAGUUGUCGACGCAGGAACAGACUGUCCAGAGGGUGUGGCGAGAGGUGAAGACGCGCUGACUGUACUGGAGACCCCCCACACACGCAGCCAGUUCAUCGAUGAGCUGAUGGAGGUGGAGCUGUUCCUGUGUCAGCGGCUGAGUGAAAUGAGUGUGGAGGGUGACGUGGUCUCCAUGAGCCAGUUUCAGCUGGCGCCCACCGUCAUCCAGGCUCAGACGUCGGGGCGCGUGACGGCCAUGCUGGUGGAAGUACGCCACCUGCUGGAGCGUCUGACGUCGCUGCGCAUGCAGCACCUCUUCAUGAUCCAGGCUUCGCCGCGGUAUGUGGAGCGUGUGUCUGAGAUGUUGCGUCAGAAGCUAAAGCAGGCGGAAAUUCUGCUGCUCAAGAGAACCAACCUGGCGGAGAAGAGGCAGGAGGCCCUGGAGGAGCAGGCCAAGCUCGAGCCCCGUGUCGACCUGCUGGCAACACGCAUCCAGGAGCUUCGCAAACAGAUUGAAGUAGACAUCUCAAAGCGCUACAACAACAGACCAGUUAACCUGAUGGGUGUCCAUAUUUAAGCAGAGAUGGUGUUAUUUCAUAUGAAUAAAUAUUUUAUUUGAA